AUGAUGGAGGAGAGGCAGAGGAGGACGCUAUGCACAGACGUAGUUGCAGCAGGGUUCAUGAACUACGGGCUCGGGAGCACUUUCAACUACAUGAUCGUGCAGAUGCACAGGGCUCUGAGAGACAGGAGGAGUAUCGCCUUCGUGGGAGAGUGGGUGUACGCAGGUUGUGAGCACAGAAAUUUCUCCUGCGCGUUCGAGCCGGUCUCGCCCUGCGACCUUCGAGGAGCUCCCCUCGUCUACCCGAGGAUGGCGCCCGACCCAACGCCAUGGGACAUCGAGAAGGGGUUCGCAGCAUGCUUCCAAGGCAGGCAGAACCCUCUCUUCCAUUUCGUCUCCACCCUCGCCGGCUUCCUCUUCAAGCCAAACCAGGAGAUGCUGCUUGCUGCUGAGGCAGUGAGGAAGAAGAUAGGACUGCCAGACGAGUACCUCGGGAUCCACAUCCGCCAUGGCGACUUCUGUAUCGCCCAUACCGUCACCAGCGAUCCCAAGGAAUGCUUCGCCGUCUCCCACUACUCGCAGGAGCUGCAGAGGCUGUCUGACCGCUACAACAUCACGCACGUGUACCUUGCGACUGACAACGCAGACGCCAUUGACAUGAUCCGGUGGCAGUGCCCACAGCUCACGUUCUACUGGCAAGACGAUGUGGACCGGGCGUUCCUGGAGCUCAAGGACCAGGACUUGGAGAGGAAGAGAAUAUUUCUAGAAGAGAGACUUUUCGACUCCGAUGCUGACAGAAGGCAGCGGCACCUGCGGGAAAUCAUGGUAGACCUCAUCCUGCUCUCUUACGGUUUCGGGUUCGUCGGGCAGUUCUCCUCCAACAUCUCAAAGAUCCUCCUGGCCCUCGGGACUUUCCUGCGGGGAGGGAAGAUGGUCCCAUACAUUUCCCUUGACAUCCCCUGGUGUUGGAACGGGAUGAAGCCGACGUCUAUCCCAGGCUACCACUCGCUAUGGCAGUGCUGA